AUUGGAAUUGGCAGAUUCAAAACAGCAUACCAAGGAUGGUUGAUACUAAUGGUGCCUCCUAGGUCUGGUCUGGGGCCAUGGGCAAGUCACAAGGUUGUUGUGAAAUGUUCAUUCAAAAGAGUGUACCCUCAAGACAUGCCUGCAUCUAGCACAGAUUACAGAAUUGGAUGCUUUGCACCAUCUGAUGAGCUGGCCAAGCUGUUCAGAGAAGCAAAUGUCCUAUACUGGGCAAAAGCUUUGUUAGAUCUUGUCUACAAUUUCAUUGACCAUGCAAUUGCAGAUACAUCUGAUCCUUCACCAUUUAAUAUUCCACAUGUGCAGCUUAUUGAAGCCAGCCUUGCACUAUCAUACCCUCAAAGCAGUGGCAAGUCUUCAUUAAAGACUGUGAUGAUACCAUGUAGAGCUUUCCUCCUUGAGGAGGUUAUUGAGGGUGAAGAUUUCACCAAGUUUAUUCAUAAUAUGGAUCCUGACCCACUGCUUGAC